UAACCCCUCUCUUUCAUUUCAAAUUCAACACCACACAAAGGCAUAUUUCCAAACAAAAAAUAAAUAAAAAAUAAAAGAAAUCGAUAGUGUCUCCCUGCACUAAACGACGAAUAAAAAUCGUCCCUUUACGUUUCUCCUACAAAAACACUGUUUUUUUUUCCGGCGACCCAUUUAUCAGAAUCACCGGCGAGCAAUGGCGGCGGAGAAUUCACUGGCGAUCUCACCGAGAAAGCUCCGGUCCGAUUUGUACUCUUACUCUUACCAAGACGAUUCGGACAUGCCUCUGGUUAUCUCUGUUCUGUCUUCUCUGAUCGAAAGGACUCUUGCUCGGAACGAAAGGAUCGCUCGGAGCUGCAGAUGGCCUUCGAGGAUCGGCAAGACACGUGUCUUCGAUUGCCGUGAAGUCCCCGACAUGACGAUCCAAUCGUAUCUCGAGAGGAUUUUCCGGUACACCAAAGCCGGUCCGUCGGUUUACGUCGUGGCUUAUGUUUACAUCGACCGGUUCUGUCAGACCAAUCCCGGUUUCAGGAUCAGUCCCACGAAUGUCCACCGUCUUCUCAUCACCACCAUCAUGGUCGCCUCCAAAUACGUCGAAGAUAUGAACUACAGGAACUCGUACUACGCGAAAGUAGGGGGAUUAGAGACAGAGGACAUGAACAGACUGGAAGUGGAGUUCCUGUUCUUGAUGGGAUUCAAGCUGCAUGUGAACGUGAGCGUGUUCGAGAGUUACUGCUGUCAUCUGGAGAGAGAAGUGAGCAUCGGAGGAGGCUAUCAGAUCGAGAGGGCCUUACGGUGCGCCGAAGAGAUCAAAUCCCGACAAAUCGUUCAGCUUCCUAAACACAACCAGUUUGCUCGAAUCUUGUUGUAGAGAUGGAAAAAAAAAACUCUGUUGAUACACGUGUCCUGUUUUUUCUCGUUUUCCUUAGUUUGUCGUUUUGCGCUAGCCGGUUUGACUUUUUGACCGCCUUUGUCGGUAGAGGGUUUGGCUUUUAUUUUCAUGUAAAUGUACAUAUACGGAGGAGAAUAUACAGAGAGUGAUGUUUGUAUGAA